AUGGUAGCUUUUGGUGUGAAAAACUUCCUGCAUGACAUGGGCUGUAAGAUAAUAAUUUACCUGAGCAGGGUGGCUCGGGGCCUGUCCAUGUGCACCUACAGCCUCCUCACGGUGGUUCAGGCCAUCACCGUCAGCCCCAGUGCUUCCAUGUGGGGGCGACACCAUCCAAAAGCAGCUCAGCACAUCCUUCCCUGUUUGCUCUUCUUCUGGGUGCUCAACUCCUUGACAAACAUGUACUUACUCCAUGUCAUCACAAGCAGCAGCAGCAGCAAUGGAUCACACAUGAUUGAAAAUCAUUACUAUUGUCAUUUUCAAGCACAAAACCAGUUAAGCCGAUGGUUGUCUCUCACUGGCAAAACCCUGCAUGAUGCCCUAUUUAUGAGUCUCAUGGGCUUGGCCAGUGGCUACAUGGUGUUCCUUCUCCACAAGCACCACAGGCAUGCGCUCUACCUACAGAACACCAAGUGCAUCUACACCAUGCCCCCUGAGAUCAAAGCC